AUGAAUUUAGAUAUUAAUAGAGAAUUCAAUUUGAUAAACAAAGAACUGCGAAAGGAGUAUCGUUCAUCAAGGAACAGGAUUCACUCUAUUUUAUAUGAUUCUCAGUUUGUUCUAAAAGUUGCAAAAGUCUACCCUUUCCCAGUGGUAGCCAACGAAAGAUGUGGAUCAUGGUACGUUCCUCCAGAAUAUAUGGCCGAGACGUGCUACUUCAAGUCCACAGAUGGCCAUAACAAUAACUGGGACUUUAGCACAAGGCGACUGAACUUUCAUCUCCUACCAUUGAUAGCACAUCAUAAAGGCGUGUUGAUAAUAGAUUCUACCAGACGGGGCAAGAAAAUUCCAGACUCUUUGAGCAAGACUAUUCCUAUUUGGUGCGCAGUACUGAACGCAAUAAGAGAUGGCCGUAAUGAUACAGAACUCUUUUCACCUCUCAAAACCAUUGCACGCUCAGAACAUAUACGUAUAUGCGAAAAGCUACCACAGCUGGUUGAAAAAGCUCGACGAUUGGACGUCAUCAGCCAGCAGCAGCUGAAGAAGCUUUUCGACAAGCCUUUGAAACCGGUUUGGAUCACUCCUCAUUCCAAACUUCCUUCAGAAGCCCCGAUUCUCGAUCAGCUACCCUACAUUCCCAUAUACCUCGUGACAGCCAGUUUUCAAUGCCAGGAUGGAACCUUAUCCAUGGACAAUUUCCUGUAUGUUCAGGGAGCUGCGGAUGACCAUGAACUUUGGUCUAACGGGCUGACGCCAAAACUUCUAUGGAAUCAUUUGGACUACUUUAGGGAAAGAGAACGCACGGAUGAGGAGCUUGAGGACUUUAUCAUGUCCAUCAGAUCAAAAGAGGCUAGCUCAGCCCAAGUUUAUACAAAUCUCCUUGAAGUGCGGCCCAGAUUGUUCAAAGCGAAGCUCGCGACGCAAUGCAUUCAAUCGUUGCCGAAUUACGAUCUCGUCGUGGUGCUGGACGAAAAAGUGACAAUUGUGUCACGUGACAGGAACGAAAAGCCAGUAUUUCUACAUUUACCCCUGACUUCUGGUUCGAAGAAAUCAGGAAAAGAGCUGCGGAACAAGUUGCCCAUCAUUAUGAAGGAAGUAAUACCUGCCUUUAGCGCAAAGCAGCGUAUACUAGUUCUAUGCGGAACAGGCUGCGACCUUUCGGUCGGAGUGAUUUUGUGUCUGCUAUCUACUGAGACACAAAAUAUUGACAAGUCUCGGAUCAGAAAGCACCUCAUAGAGCUCAUUUCCUUAGACAAAGAGAUCAACCCUAGCCGGGCGACGUUGAACUCUGUAAAUACAUAUUUAAUGUCGUGA